AUGGGCUCCUGCAGCCCCUCCCCCCUGCAAGCCCCCUUCACCAGCCCCGCCCUCACUCUCACCCACCGCGUCGUCCUCGCCCCAAUGACCCGCAUGCGCGCCUCCAACACUACAGGCCUCAUCAACCCCACGGCAGCAACCUACUACGCCGAGCGCACCAGCCAGCCGGGAGCCCUCCUCAUCUCCGAGGGAGUAACCAUCCACCCGCGGGGCAAGGGCUUCCCACGCACCCCGGGGCUCUGGACAGACGGGCACGCCCGGGCCUGGCAACCCAUCACGGCGGCCGUGCACGCGCGCGGGGGGACCUUCUUCGCGCAGCUCUGGCACGUGGGCCGCGUCUCCGUGCCGCGUCUCUCCCACGGCCAGCCGCCGCUGAGUUCCACGACCGCCCAUCUACCGGGGUACCAUGUCUCGUUCGGGGCGGGGCCCGACGAAGCUGAGCGCGAGCCAUACGUUCCCUCCCAUGCGAUGACGAUCCCCGAGAUCCAUGAGGUGGUGGCGCAGUUUGCUGCGGCGGCGCGGCGCGCGAUCGAGGUCGCGGGAUUCGACGGGGUCGAGAUCCACGCGGCGAACGGGUAUUUGCUUGAUUGCUUUGUGCAUGAUAAUAUCAACACGCGAGGGGAUGAGUUUGGUGGGCCGGCGGUAAGCAAUCGGCUGCGGUUCCCCUUGGCGGUGGUGGACGCGGUGGUGGAUGCGGUGGGGGCGCGGCGCACGGCGGUCCGGCUGGCGCCGUUUCAUGUGCUCCAGGGCACCGGGGAUGGAGAUCAGGUGGCUACGUUUGGGGCGUUUGCGGCCGCGCUGGAGGCGAGGGGGUUGGCGUAUGUGCAUUUCGUAGAGCCGCGGUAUGACUUGGGGAGUUCGGAGGGGGCGUUCGCGGGGUGUAUUGCACGGGAAAAGAGGGUGGAUGAGGGAGAGGAGAGGUCGAUUUGGCCGUUUCGGAGGAUUCUGCAGACUACGCCGGUUAUUGGGGCUGGUGGGUAUGAUGCUGUCUCUGCUGCGCAGGCUAUAGAGGAAGGUCGCAUCGACCUCGCGGCCUUCGGGCGGUAUUUCACGUCCAACCCCGAUUUGCCGGAGCGGCUGUUUAGGGGACUGCCCUUGACCAAGUACCAUCGACCUACCUUCUAUACUUCCGGAGAGGAGGGAUAUCUGGGAUGGCCGCAGUGGAGUGAGAAGUAG